GGGUGGCAAAGGAAGAAGAAAAAUCUACACCUCAACGAAAUCCACUCGUAGGGAAAUCAGAGUAGUCCACCAGUACUCCGCCACCAUGAGCACCAGCAACUUGCUUCUGAGUAACCCAUUUCCCACCAGUUUAUGGGGAGACAAAACCACAAUUAAGGGAUUGAAAUACACGUGGUCAAAGUCGGAGAUUUCGGUGGAUGUCAAUACUUGGAUCUAUCCGCGUGUAGAUAUACCAGAAUUUCCCUUGACAGAAUUAAGUGGGGCUGUUGCAAGCACUGCUCUGACAGAGAAUGACUAUAUAUCUGCCAUUAGUGUGUCUGUGAAGGUUGACAACCCUGAGGAAGCAUUGGCUGAUUCCACUGAUUCUUGGGCGGCUCUGAAGCUUUUCGCUUCAAGGGCAAUUAAACACCAUCUCAUUCUCACCCACCAGAUCCAUUCAAGAAAAUAAUGAAUACAUAAUAUUCGUUGUUUUCUUGGAUAGAUCAGAAGUUUAAAUUACUUUUCACGAUUAUGUUGCUGGCUUGCAUGUCGUCAUUGUCGUCUUUCUCUUCUGAAUAAACUUAGAAUAAAGAGAUUAUUGUCUUAAUUGAUAAUCUCCCUAUCAGUUGUGUUAUGUAUCGAGUCUGAAUAAAUGAAGCCAAGUUGUACGUUGCUUUCUGCAUGCCAGUAGUGUAAUUUCAGAAUAAAGUUUACGUACGCAUCUACCAUCCAAUGUUAUUUUAGCUUUCAUUUAUACUACAUAUCUAAAUGGGGGUGCGUAUGGUAUAUAUGUUUCACUUUCACACUUUCACUCCGAUCAUAUAUUUUUCUUCUAAAUAAAAGUGGUUAUCUAUUGUGACUAAUUAAUAAAGUACUAUUUUGAUGAAAACGGUUAGCAACACAAGAGGGGGGUGAAUUGUGUGUGUGUGGAACCGUGUCAGUUUUUCGCCGAGUUCUAGUGUGGGAUAAAGGGAAUUGCAAAACAGUAAAGUGCACAAGAAUUUAACGAGGAAAAAUCCCUUGGCUCAAAGGGAUUAAAAAACCUCGACCUCCCUCGAAGGAAUUUUAAACAACUUCACUAAACAAGCCUUCGAAAGAGUUACAAGAGUGAUUCUCCUAAUCUACCCUUGAGCCUCCCCAACUCUAUCCUCUCUAGGAAGAGUUAUGCAUCUCUACCUUGCGGGUAGAGAGCCUCUCAGCUUUGUCACAAAGCUCUCACACACACUUAACCCGAGGCAGCUACUCUAGCCAAUUAAGCCUCAAUAAUCCAAGUACAAUAUGAAAGGGAAAAGAGAAACUCUAUCUAGAACUCCGAGCGGGCAGUUUCAGGCGCCAAGGACUUGAUCCUUUUCUUGAAUGAUUCUUCUAAGUAUUUUUCUCGGUUCAGCACUUCACAUGUUAGCAUACUCUUCAGUCCAUUAUAUAGCAUCGUUCGUUGGCUUUCUUGAAUGCUUGGACUUGCUAUGAUAAAUUUGAAAUACCUUCCUUGCAUGGCAUUACUUAUACGUUGGUCAAAGUAAAAGAUCUCAAGAAUAUUUUGUAAUACAAAGGUGCAUAUCUGGAAUAUAUUCAAGCAACACCUUAUACGGAAAUAAUAUAUUUGCA